AUGGACCAUAAUAUGCUAACAGAAAAAGAGUUUUUUGAUGCUGUAUACUUACUUAAACCAAAUAAAGAUGCAAACAAUAUUCUUUAUAGUAAGCAAUUUGGGUUUAAAAAGAGGCACUCUACUGAUCAGGCCAUUUUUCAUCUUGUUCAUGAUAUCUUUAAAUCAUUUGAUGAAGAUAAAUAUACAUUAAGUGUAUUUAUUGAUCUCAGUAAAACGACCAAUAUGAACAUAGCAUUUGGGGUUCCUCAGGGAUCUAUAUUGGGACCACUCCUAUUUCUCAUUUAUAUUAAUGAUAUAAGCAAUGCUUGUACUGAACUAGAUACAAUUUUAUUUGCAGAUGACACAAAUUUAUUUUACGCACAUAACGAUAUAAAUAUUCUGUUUAAGUCAGUAAACAAAGAGCUAUUAAAUCUUACUGAAUAG